AUGCACUGGGCGGCUCUGAACUUUGUGGCCUUAUUCCUCGACCUCUGGACAGGAAAGUUCAAAGCAAGUGCUGGCGACAACACGAAUACAUGGGGCUGGGUCUUUCUUGUCGGCGAACUCUUCGCACGUCACGGCAAAGAGGUAGCAGAGGUUCUCUGUUACCUGCCUAGCUCGUUUGAGCGUCCUCCUCGUAACCCGUACGAGAAGAUCAACAGUGGCUACAAGGCAUGGGAGUUCCUGACCUGGUUCUACGGUCUGGCCCCUGCGAUGCUCCGAGGUGUCAUGCCAGAGCCAUUCUAUACGCAUUUCUGUAAAGCCGCUGCUACUAUCCGGAUUCUUCAUCAGCGCUCUGUCAAAAGCGCAGACCUCGAUCGCGCUCAUAUCCUCAUGAACGAAGUCUACGAGGAGUUUGAGGUGAUCUACUGCGAGAAGAAGACCGCUCCCAUGCACCUUGUCCGACACGCAAUUCAUAUUGCAUGGCACAUGGCACGCGACACCACUCGAUUUGGCAUGGGCUGCUACAUCUCGCAGUAUACGUGCAAGCGCAGUAUCAGAAUUCUCGGGGCGCUCGUACGCCAGCCGUCAAAUCCUUACGCGAACCUUUCAAAUGAGGCAGUCAUCCUCGCACAACUACACGCACUCUACGCACGCGCACCUGAACUCGAUCCCUCUGCCCCGUCGGACAAGCUCCCACAUACGGCUAUCAAGCUCGAGAAUGGCCACACUCUUCUGCAUGCAACCGAGCGUACUCCCAGGACAGUAACUGGUGCCGAACGAUCUGCUAUCGUGCGGUAUAUGGCGAAGGCCGGGAUCCAUAAGCAUGCUCUGUGGGAUGGAAGGGUGGAGCGCUGGGCACGACUGCUUUUGCCCAAUGGUCAGAUUGCUCGUUGCGCAUGGCGGGAGACAUUGAAAGAGCUACACAAACUCCGCAUCUCCCGGAACGUCAAGAUCAUCCACGGCAGUACAGUGACCUUCGGCGAAGUACUGUACUACUUCAGACUGAAAGUACGAGGCAUCGAGCGCACUCUCGCAAUGGUUCACAUGUACGGCAAGCCCGACCCAGACUUGCUGAAAGAGACAUACGGCACGUACUACUCGUGCGACCAGGUUCCUGUACACAAUGACGAUGGUAUCGUUGUUGUGGAGUAUUCAACAAUUGACUCAGUCGUGGCGAUGAUACCCCAUGAAGGUAGAUGGUUCUUGGUCGAAAAGAUCACACUGGCGUCCGGCUUCCUCGCCGGUGUUGUAGAGGAUUUGCUUCCUGAACCUGACUUUGUAUAG